GCGUGACGUCACUCGAGGCGGCCAUUUUCAAAUCGCCGCGCGGCCGGCGGCGGGGAUGGCGGUGCUGCGGCCCUUCGAUAAGCUGCCGGAGCUCAACUGCGCCACCAUACUGCUGGUGGGCGCGGAGGGCGGCCCGCAGCAGCAGCUCGCCGAAGCCAUGCUGCGCGAGAAGAAGGACUUCAACAUCAACAUCCACCUUGCAUCGUCCCUCCCCUUACCUCCAGAGAGGGAUCACCUUCGGCCCAGGAUAGAUCUGAUUGCAUUUGUUAUUGACAUCAAGAGCAAAUACAGCUUGAAGAAUGUUCAAGCUUCACUAGCUUAUGUGGAUGUCAGAUUCUUCCUGGGAAAAGUGUGCUUCCUUGUCACAGGGGUUGGCAGGGUGAACAACUGCAGUGUAGAGAUGAAUGCCAUCUGGAAACUGGGAGAAGACUACUGCAGUCCUGUGAUAUUCUGUGAGCUAGAGCUGGAAGGGAUACGAGUUGCCACCGCUCAGCGACUUCUCCGGAUGCUACAGAUCUGUGCUGGUCGUGUACCAGGAGUUUCUGCCUUGUACUUCAGCUUGCUGAUGAGGAACUCUGCUGGUGAUUAGCCUCUUGAUGUGAGAAUUUAUCCAGAUUCAUCAUUUUUUCUUUACUUCCAGGCGUUUGAGCUGCUGCAGUUGGAAUUGCAUUGGGAAGCUUUCUUGCUGGAUUUAUUACAGCCACUCAUCCAGAGCUGUUUGUAGUUGCUAGUCUAACUUAAAAAACAAAAACAAAAAAACUUUGAUUCCUAUUGAGUGAAUAAAGUAUAGGUGAGGAGAGGAUAGUUUGAAUUAGGGAUGCCUACCUGUUGUUACAUUUGAAUGCCACUGUGUGAUGGAUUUUGGAUUUCAGCCACUUUGCUAGUGGCCAGGAACAGCAUAUUCUCCUGAUAUUCUCUCAGUAAAACAGGCAGCUAAUCCUAGAUGCUUCUUACCAUGGUUGAGUGUCUUAAUUUCUGUAGGCAGCAGGUGAGGCAGCAGGUUUCUGCUUCCUCUCAACAGAAAUAUAGCACCUUGGAUUAAUGCGGAACCUCACUGCAGAUUUUGUUUCCCCACCAAGAGAGUAACAAGGGAGAAAGGCAGUCCUUCAGCUUCAAGAUAUGCUGCAAUUGGCAGUUAAUGAUCCAGCUGUGUGAGCAUCUGCCCACUGAAGGGCUCAGCAUUUCCAUGCCUGGCACAUAACUAGGAAGGAAGGGACUGAAGAAGAUAUCUAGCACUUUAGCUUUCUUUUAAAUCUUUAGACAAAAAGGCUCUAUCUCUUAUGCCCAAAAUAAUUUGAUUUGAACAGCUGUGAGCUGUGCUGCUGCAAGUCAGCUCCUGCAAACCAAGGAGAGAUUUUUCUGAAGAUGCCAAACUUUCUGCGAGUUAAGAAAUGAGGAGUGCUGUAAUAGAUGUGGCAGUACUUGGGUUCCAGCCUUUACAGGCAGGCCACAGUUGGAGAAACAUGCAGUUGCUACAGAAAAUCAGCCCCUGUUUCCAAAUUAAAACCACAGAACUGUUUUGUUGUUGUUUUUUUUUCCUCCCUCAUGCUCCCAGAGAAUCAAAUCUGAGAAUAAUGGAAGUUGCUGGCUUCCAGCAAGUCUCUGCAGACUGGGCAGUUCAGCUUCAGAGAGCUGCAGGACUGCACUCUUCCCUCUAGCAUCUGUAGGGCUGAGGCUCUGCACUCUGCAGCUGACUCGAGGUGAAGGCCAACUGGACUAUAGCAGUGUACUGAAAACACACAGUGACUCUUGCAAGUUGGGCAUACGAUGUGUGCAAUUGUUUAACUAAUA